UGUUAUGGUCACGUUUACACGAUUUUAACUCGAUGAUGCAGCUCUCACUAUCCUGCGACGAAGCGCUGCCUGUCAGUCCAAACUCAGGCAGUAAUACCACGGAGAGUCCGGUACCGGAGCAAGAUGGCGGACAGCGGCUCCGUGGCGGCGAGAAGAUCCGACUCUAGCUCCCUGUCCUCCGUCAGUAUGGAGACCAUCUCCGCCCUGACGGAGCUGGAGGACCUGGAGACAGUUUACCAGCAGCUCUGCGCCGAGGAGAAAGAAGUGGAGUGUGAGCUGGACAGACUGAUGGGACAAGAGGGGACCAUCCACACCAAGAUGCUGGCGCUGCAGAGGAUGGGGCCCAACCUGCAGCUGAUUGGAGGAGAUGCCAGUCAGCUGUCCGGUAUGAUCACCUUUACCUGCAGCCUCGCCGAAAACGUCAGCCGCAAAGUCCGUCAGCUGGACCUGGCAAAGACGCGGCUCUAUAACGUGAUCCAGCGUGCCGACGAUAUCCUGGACCUGAAGUUCUGCACCGACGGCGUGCAGACGGCUCUUCGUAACGAGGACUUUGAGCAGGCGGCGGCUCACAUCCACAGAUACCUCUCUCUGGACCAGUCGGUGAUCGAGCUCAGCAGGCAGGGAGAAGAGAGCAGCGCGGUGGACGCCAGCCUGGUCAUGCUGCAGGAGGCGGAGCAGAAACUGAAGGUCAUCGUUGCCGAGAAGCUGGACGAAGCCGUCGCAGCCGUCGACCUCGCACAAGUGGAACGCUUCUUCAAGAUCUUCCCUCUGCUGGGCCUCCACCAGCAGGGCCUCGCACGCUUCGGACAGUACCUCUGCACUCAGCUGGCGUCCAAAGCUGAGGAGAACCUGCUGCUGGCUGCAGGAGGAGACGCAGGAGACAAGAGAUCUCCGCUGGUGUUCGCUGAUACGCUCACACUGCUGCUGGAAGGUAUUGCUCGUGUCGUUGAGACUCACCAGCCAAUCGUAGAGACGUAUUACGGUCCGGGUCACCUGUACACUCUGCUGACUCACCUGCAGCAGGAAUGUGACCGACAGGCCCAGAAGAUAGUCGACAAGUUCAUCGAGCAGAGAGGAUACCACAGCAAGUUUCAGGUCGUCCAGAGCAACAUGAUGAGGAGCGUGCCGGGGGAGGGGAUCGAGCCCAGGGACCUGGACCCGGUCCUGUCUGAGGUGACCCUGAUGAACGCCCGGGCUGAGCUCUACCUUCGCUUCCUACGGCGCCGCAUCACGGCGGACUUUGAGGUUGGAGACGCUCAGAGCGUCACGCAGGAACAUCAGCAGAACAUGGAGAAGCUGCUGAAACACUGUCAGCUGAGCAGAACCAUGCAGGAGCUGAUCGGCUUCUACAUCCCCAUGGAAGAGUUCUACAUGAGGGAGUCCGUCAACAAGGCCGUUGCCAUGGAUACGUAUGAGAAGGGUCAGCUGACCUCCAGCAUGGUGGACGACUGUUUCUACAUCGUGAAGAAGUGCAUCAGCAGAGCGUUGUCCAGCUCCAGCAUCGACUGUCUCUGCGCCAUGAUCAACCACGCCAACUCUCUGCUGGAGUCAGACUUCAGGGAGGUGCUGUAUAAUAAGCUGCGUCAGGGUUUCCCGGCUACGACGCUGCAGGACAUCCAGCGAGGCGUGAGCAGCGCCGUCAGCCUGAUGCAGAGCAGCCUGCAGCAGGGGAAGUUCAACACGCUGGGCAUCGAGAGCGCCGAGAACGCCAAGGCCGCCUUCCUGGUGACUCUGAACAACGUGGAGGUCUGCAGUGAGAACAUCUCCACUCUCAAGAGGAACCUGGAGAACGACUGCUCCAAACUGUUCAGUCAGGGCUCUGGAUCUGGAGAUCGAGCCAAGAUAGAAAGUUGUCUGUCAGACCUGGUGAACACCUCAGCCAAGUUCAAGGACCUGCUGCAGGAGGGUCUGACGGAGUUAAACACCACCGCCAUCAAGCCUCAGGUGAAGCCCUGGAUCAGCAGCUUCCUCUCCAUCUCACACAACAUCGAGGAGGAGGACUUUAAUGAUUAUGAAGCUAAUGAUCCCUGGGUGCAGCAGCUCAUCGUCAACCUGGAGCAGCUCAUGGCCGAAUUCAAGGCGGCUCUGUCCCCCGUCAUCUACGACCAGCUGACCAGCCUGAUGACCAGCCUGAUCUCUCUGGAGAUGGAGAAGACCGUCCUCAAGUGUUCCUUCAGCAGGCUCGGAGGUCUUCAGUUUGAUAAAGAGUUGCGGUCUCUGGUGGCGUACCUGACCACCGUCACCACCUGGACCAUCAGGGACAAGUUCGCCCGUCUGACCCAGAUGGCCACAAUCCUCAACCUGGAGCGGGUGACUGAGAUCCUGGACUACUGGGGGCCCAACUCGGGGCCCCUGACGUGGCGUCUGACGCCGGCGGAGGUCCGACAGGUUCUGGCGCUUCGGAUCGACUUCAGGAGUGAAGACAUCAAGAGGCUGAGACUCUAACUGAGACUCUGAGACUCUGACUGAGACUCUAACUGAGACAAUAACUGAGACAAUAACUGAGACUCUAACUCAGGGGUUCCCAAAGUGUGGUGCGUGGACCCCUGGGGGUGCGCAAGAUGAAAAAUGUAAUGGCGGUCUGAUAAUGACACAAUUACAUUUUUUCCCCCACACAAUAAAGACGUGUUAUUAAUUAAUUAAUAAAUACAGGCUAUUCAAUUUUGCGUCAUUUUUUGUUCAUUUUUGCAUCUAUUUUGGUCAUUUUUGCAUCUAUUUUUUGGUUGUUUGGUCAUUUUUACAUGUAUUUUUGGUCAAUUUGUGUCUAUUUUGAUAAUUUUGUGUCAUCUUUGGUCAUUUUUGCAUCUAUUUUUGGUUGUUUUUGAUCUUAUAAUGAAGCGUAGAAGAAGUUAUCUUCUUGUUCUUGUAUCAUUUUUCCAGCCUGUGUUAUGAUGACGGGGUUGUGUUCACUCCACGCUCGUUUAAAUUUGCUGCAAUUUUUGUUCAACGCAGCUCAAAAUAUUAUAACAUUUGUCCCAACUGAUCUGCUUUCUGCCUCUGAUCCUGAGCCUGGCAUCAUCCUCCACCUUUAAUAUGGCUAUAAAAACUCUUAUUGCAUUUUGUUUUUUUGAAAUUUUUUUGAUUGGGCGCUGUUCUAACUGAUGAAGAAAACAACAGAAAACAGAAACCUUUUCCUGCAGGUUCCAGUCUGCUUCCUGUCCGUGUGGCUGGUUUAACAUGAGGAACUAUUUAAUCUGAAUGAAGUGUAAAGUAUGAUCUGAUUCUCUGAGUGUGUAAUUAAAGAGUCUUUGUCUCUGGGACUCUCAGCUGUAAUGAACAUUAUGUCCGUCAGAGUGACAGAAGCAGGUCAGACAGCUGAUUCUCUUUAUGAUGAUGGAACACUUUUAACCUAAUAAACUGAUGAA